GCCGUGUGGUCACUCUGUGGAUGACCCUGACCCUGAGCCUGACCUGAGCGACCCUCCAUCUCCAUUUGGGUUUCCUUCAUCCGGGAUCUGGCGGCGACCAAGACGAGACGACGCACCAACCACCAGAGAGGAGGAAGAGCUGUGUGUGUGUGUGAUGGACAGAAGAAGACUGCAGGAAGGAGAACACGGGAGAGGUUGUUAGUCUCACUCUCAGCAAGAAGUCAAGAACGAACUGCGCGUCCGUCGGACCACCACCGGCGCGAUACGAUGAAGCGCGGGGCGUCGGAGUCGUCGGACGCGACGAGCCAGUCGACCACGACGCCGCCGCGGACGCCCAAUACCCCGAACAACAUGCGUCGGCCGGCGUACUACGUGCAGAGCCCGUCCCACGAUGGCGGCGGCGACAAGUCGUCGUCGGCGACGACGGCGAACACGACGCCGGUGUACCACAGCCCGCUCGAGUCGCCGUCGCACGCUUCCUCCACGGGCCGCCACUCCAGGGUCUCCUCCUCCGCCACCCGCUUCUCGGGCACGCUGCUCGGCCGGUCCUCCUCGCCCGCCACCAGCAGGACCGCCGCCGGCGCUGGCGCCGGGCGGAAGCUGCACGGCGGCGGCUCCGGCCACAAGAAGAAGAAGAAGUGGCACGAGGUGAGCGGCGUCAUUGACGAGGAGGCGGCGGACGACUACGACGAGGACGACCAGGAGCAGCAGGAGGACGAGGAGGAGGAUGAGCUCCCGGUGUGCCUCGGAGUGGUCUUCUGCGCAGUGGUCGUCGUGUUCGCCGUCGUCUGCCUCAUCGUCUGGGGAGUCGCUCGCCGCUACAAACCCAACGUCGUCGUCAAGAGCCUGACGGUGCACAACUUCUACGCCGGGGAAGGCACGGACAGCACCGGUGUGCCGACGAAGCUGGUGACGCUCAACUGCUCGCUGGCCAUGUCCGUCCACAACCCUUCCACCAUGUUCGGCAUCCACGUCUCCUCCAGCUCCAUCCGGCUCAUGUACUCGGAGAUCGCCAUCGCCACCGGUCAGCUCCACAAGUUUUACCAGCCGAAGAAGAGCCACCGCGCCGCCGCCGCGAUCCUACACGGCGAGAAGACGCCGCUGUACGGAGCCGGCGCCACGCUCGUGGUGACUAAAAACGCCGGAGCCGGAGGCAAUAAGGUGCCGCUGACGCUGGAGCUGGCGGUGAGGACGAGAGGGCACGUGAUCGGGAGGCUUGUGAGGGUGAAGCACGCCGUGCAAGUGAGGUGCCCCGUCGCCAUCGACCCCGGCAGCUCCAGGCCGGUCAGGUUCCGUCGGAGCGAUUGCAGUUACAGGCGACGAUGAGCUGAGUUUGCAGCGGCUUGCAUUGAUCAGCUAGAGAAGAGAAGGAACUCGAUUGCGAUGCACACCAACACCUUCUUCUUCUUUGUUCGUCGUCGUCUUUGGCUGGAUUAAUAAUGGUUGUCAGUCAUCUUGUAGAUAGUUGCGGCUAUAUAUAUGUGUAGGCUGUUGCAUGUGUUCAUGACCUGACUGUGGAGAUCAACUAAUAAUCAGAGAAAUAACGCUGCAGUUUUCUGGGAUA